GGCCCCUGCCCUGCCCGGCAUGGGGCGACCCCUGCCCGGCACGGGCCCGGGGGUGCUGCCCGCAGCCCCGCCCGGAGCGCCCCGAGGGAGCCGCAGGAGCCCGGCCAGAGGCAGCAGGAUUGUGACUUGCACUUACAUAGUCAGCAACUGGAAAAAUGCCAGAUUCUGAAAGUAAUUUGGUGUCUUCACAUGUGGAUGUUAUAAAUCGUACUUCAGUCUUGAGUGAAAUGAAAAUUUCAAAUGGAAAGAGAUCUGUUGAAAGAAGAGCAGUGACUCAGAUUGGGAAGAAUGGCUAUCCUGACUCCAUAUACAUAAAUGCAGCUAAGAUUUUCCAGGGCAUUCGUACUGAAAGGAGUUCGGGCAGAGUCCUGGUGCGGUACGGCGAUACCUCCGAACCUCCCGUGGUGGCUUUUAAAGAUGAGCAUUCCAGGCGUGAAUCCUAUGAACUGGCUUUCAGAGCUCUCAAAUAUCAAGAUCUUCUUGAAGAAAUGUUGUUAGAUAGUAAGGUUUACCCAUGCUACUCAAUACCAGAUGAGCUAACCAGCUUGCUUGUUGUGAUGCUUUGUGACCUGCAAGACCGAAAGUUUGAAAAACGAAAGGUUUUUGCUGAAGAGGAACCUGUAGCAGAAGUUCAGGAAAUAGGGCAUUAUUUAUACAGGUAUAAGACCAAACUGGCAGCUGCACUGGCACGGUGUCGCAUUAAAUAUGAUGCUCUUUCAAUUGAAUACUUUGUACCAGAAACUAUAUCAAAGCAGGAACAAAGGACUUCUGCUGUACCUGUCUGUUUUUGGAUAAACACAUUUAAAAUCAGCCUUGAAGAUGUUGUCAGAGAUUUGGAGAUGAAGGGAUUCACAAAGGUUGAAUCUGUGUCAGACUUUGACCAUUACACGUAUGCUGUGGACCAACAUUGCCAUGAUGUAUUGGUUUUUCCUUCCUCUCUUAGAGAAGAACUGCUUAACUUAGAUCUUUUUGCGGAUUGCAAACUCUUACUGCAGGACAAGUCUCGCAGCCUUGCUGUGCACUCUGCACACGCGCUGCUGAGUGAAGGUGGUGACAUUAUAAUGGCUCACAUAGGCUCCCAUCUGACCACUGCCCAUAUGUCAGUGCUGACAAACGACAGCAGCUCCAGAAUUUUUGUUUGUGGUGUGAAAUCUUCGGCAAAAGAAGAAGAACUGAGGAACAAUUUCAGUCACAUGGGAUGUGAAAAUAUUUGGUUGUUACAUGAAGACUUUAUUGAGCUUCAACCAACAGACCCAAGACUUGAAAAGGCAAAAGUUAUUUUGCUGCUACCACAAUGCUCUGAACUGGGUGCUGGCAAUCCAAUGGAGCUUAUUUUAAGUGAACACAGCGAUGCAGGAUUGCUACGAGACCUUUUCCAGGGAUUUGUGUCUGAGGAUAAACUCAGGAUUCUUACUGAGAGGCAGCUUAAUGAGUUGAUUCAUGCACUGAAAUUUAACAAAGUACAAGCUAUUGUUUACUGCACUUGCUCAGUUUACCCAGAAGAAAAUGAACUUGUAGUGAAAAAAGCACUGGAAUCUGGAGUGGAGGGAGAUAAACGACCAUAUAGGCUUAUUCCUUCUAUUUUUUCUACUUGCUCCAAUUCAGAGUCUUCCACUGAAAUGUUUUUCAAAAUAGAGCCAUCAGAAAUUUCCAGUGGUUGUUUCCUAGCUGUUCUAGAGAGAGAGAAAAAAGUGUCUGCGAAAGACAUUUUGGCUUCUGCUGCAGCAAAAGCUCUCCUAGGUGAUAUUGUUGAAGAAAAACCAAAAGAAGAGGUGAAAAAGCCAAAAGUAAAACAACGUAGACGUAAGGCUGCUGCUAGUGAUAGCAAGCCAAAAGCUGCAAAGGACCUUCACCACCACACUGGAGCUAACGUUAAGGCUGAAGUUCCUGUGUCUAAAGCAGCCAGUAAGAUACAAGAAAAGCAGGUGUGCCCCACAAAAGCAGGCAGUAACACUCCACAGAAGACUGCGCAAGGGAAAAAAGCAGCCAGUGACACACCACAGAAGACUGUGCAAGGGAAAAAAGCAGCCAGUGACACACCACAGAAGACUGCGCAAGGGAAAAAAGGAGCCAGUGACACACCACAGAAGACUGUGCAAGGGAAAAAAGCAGCCAGUAACACAUCACAGAAGACUGUGCAAGGGAAAAAAGCAGCCAGUGACACACCACAAAAGAAUGUGCGCAGAACAAAAGCAGCCAGUAACCUAUCUGUGCCUAAAGCAGCCAGUACCACACAGCAAAAGAAAGUGCCCCGAACAGACAGCUGUGUGGAGCUGAAGAAAUCUGUGAACCCUGAUUGACACAGACCCCCACUGAAGGUGCAGAAGCCAACAUCUCAUCUGUCACCUCCGGGCAAGGUGUAUGAGAGACAGACCCUGCUCAAAAGACACGCACAGAACAGAACAGAACAGGGCUGUACUGAAGGCCCCAACACUCACUUUGCCUUCACUGAUAACACCAUAUGAAAGGUUGUAAUGAAACAAACCCAGUGUAUCAACUUAAUGUGGCUUUCCUGGCCAGACUGGAGCACAGGGUCCAAGUGGUUGGAUAUUUCCACCACCCUGGUUAUGAACCUUCAGACUCUGCCCUCCCAUUGUAAAGAAGAUUCCUAUAUAUUAAUCAAUAGUCGUGAAUUACAGUAUAUACUUAUGGAAGGAUAAUCUGGCCUUGGGAAAGAUAUUUUAUGGGCUAUGUAUAUAGAAAUAUCCAUGUUAGAUACUAACUUUUCAUCCAGUAAUCACACUUUAAGUGAAGGGAAUUCAGCUGCCUAAGGCUGAUAGAUUGUUGGGGGAAGUGAGGUCAAAAAAUAUAGCCUCUUGCUAUACACUUUGAAGUGACCAGUUAAAUCAUACACCCAACCCCUCACUGUAUCUAAACCUGUACAGGUAAUCAGUUUCAAAUUGAUGUUUUUAAAGUGAGACUGAAUUUUUUUAAAGUGGCCUUUCUUUAGAAGUGCUAGAUACCAUUUUUGUGAGUUUCCACUUAAGACUGAUGCAUAGAAAAUAAGCCUUGUAUUUCUAAAACUAGAUGUGAACUUUUGUACAGGAAACUGGCCAAAUACAUUAAAGCCCAUGCAUAGGCUUUCUAGUGUGUUCUCUUGGUUUCUUCUUAAUUGUGCAUUGAAAUACUAACAGUGAAAAACAGAUAAAAUAUUGUCAUGCUAAAAAACUACUGAAUUGUCGUCAUAAUGUCACAUCAGACUAUGUCAUGGUUCAUAACUGCUUUUUACCAAUUUCUUAGCAUAAACAGUUCUUAGUUGAAAAGAACUGCUACUGUCAAAGUAACAUUUUUACCAAUGUUACCACUAGUCAGCUGAAUAAUGACUGGACAAAGAGUAGCUGCCUGUCUUUGGAAACAGCUGUGGGCCUCUAAGCUACUCCCUUUUGCUAGCAAAGAUAAAAGAACUGUAAAAUAUCUACAGCUGUCAUGUAAUCUGAGAGGAUAAAAGGAGGCAUAGAGAUACUUUCAACAAUAAAUCUGAUUUGUAUCUAGAACUUGUAAAAAUGAAAGAGACAGCACAGCAAUACAGAAAGGUAUCUGUGGCCCAGAAAUUUUCCUCUAGGCAACCAUUUCAGAUACUUGGGAAGAGCGUUGCCAGGAACAUCACCACUAUAGUGUGGGAUUUAACCAACUGGACAUACGGGUCUGGAUUUAGAUAAGGCAGAGAAAAUGUUAUAACAUCUCUAUUUUGUCUUCACCUGCACCAGUCAGUGACUGGAUCAGCAGUACCUUUUUAAGAAAGGAUGUGAAUGAUAUUAACCCAGCAGUGUAGACAGUAGGCUUUUGUUCAUCUGAUGAAUAUCCUUGCUUCAUUGAAUCAGUGAAAAUUUCUUAUAGCAUUUUAAUCUGGGCCAGCUGUCCUAUACAAAGACAUCCCUCACCUUCUGCAUAUCCCUGUGAGCAAUCCAUGCUCCUUGCCUGUUCCAGUAACACAAUGAACUUUACUCUUAUUUCUGAACAAACCUGUAAGGAUAGAUUUAGACCCAUACACAUCCAUGUGUAGAACCAGAAAAAAAAAAUUAUUUCAAAACCAUCUAGGAGAUGGAGAGAUUCUGCAUGUUGGAUGGAAGGAAUGGACACUAUGGAUUUUUUUUUUUCCAAUAUGGUUGUUAAAUUCCUGAAAUAAACUUAAGAGAUUCUGCAGUUAAAUAAUGAUUAAAAAAAUAUCAAGAUCUGUAUCAUUCAUUAUUAAAGCUGAAAUUACUUGUAAAACAACAGAAUUUCUGGGCUACUUACCUAAUAUGUGCUGUGAUGUCCCACACUUGGACUCAUCUUGCUUUCAGGAAUUUGCAUUUUUGACAUAGUAUGGAGGUUAAACCAGUCAGAAUCUUGAUGUCUUACCAAGAAUAUCAGAGAGUGAAUAUUUCAACUGCAGGUCAGCAGCUUACUUUGUAAGCAUGGACCAUCAUAUGGUGGCAACACCUGGGACUGACUUCAGAUGGCUUGUAGGUAGAUGCCUGUAAGAGUCUUUUUACAAUGAAACUGUAUCUUAUGUAACUAUUUUUCUGUAAUCCAGUUGUUUAUUUGUAAUUUUCAACUAGAAACUGUUGAUUCAGAUUUCAUAGUACUGCUGUUGCCUCUAAACCACCAGUAUGUUUUUCCCUUCCCUCAGCCACCAUUUUGAAAAUAAUUUUGCAGUUUCAUGGAGCAGUAACAGUUGAGACAAUCACUUUAUGCAGCUAAAUUUAUUCUCAGAACAGAUUACAUUUAAAUAUGGAGAAGUGGUCAACAGCAGGGAAAAUUGUCCUUUUUGUUGUCAGUCAUGUACUUUUAUGUAAGACUGGGCUCUGCUAAUAAACUUUGUUGUGUUUCCUUCUGUCUUACUGUUGUUAAAUCAAACCUGCAUGGGCUGACGGGACAGCACACGUUGUGGCAAUGUGUUAAUUAAUGAGCCCAAGAAGAGAGUAAUGCAUUCAGGGCCAAUGCUGAAAUGCUGAGCCCGUACUGGCUCUUGAAAUGAGAAUGUUCUCUUUUCCAUGGGUGAUGCACCAACACUUUUAGAUUCCAUGGUAAAUGAUCUAUGAAAUGAUUGAUAAAACUAAGAAAUGUAGAACCCUUAGUGACAGCACUGGUGUGAGCUAUUAGAUACUCCACAAUUUUUGUUCCUCUGCCACUGAAGGGCAUAAUAUUUCUGUAGGUACAGGUGACUCUGCACAGGAAGUAUAUCACUGAACCUUGUUUUACUGUAUGAAUGGAUUCUGUUUUUGUUAUUCCCAGUUAACCACCCUGUAGGUGGCCUCCAUAGCCUUGCAUCUCCCACACCUCGUUGCUCCCCUGUAAAUGAAACAGUAAGUGGCUUAAAUAAAACCUACAGCCAGCACUACAGAUUUCAAAAGAAAGGCUUUUAUCUAUUAGUCAUUGACUGUGAAUAUAAAUCUCCUUGCUUCUGCAAGGGGGUGUGUUAAUGACAUGACUGACUGACAUGAUACCUCUAACUUACUACUUGCAUUGAAAAAAAUUACCAAGUUAGCUUUGCUUUACAUGAUUCUUCUACAGACUUCAAUAAAAAUGUGACUAUAAAUAAUUACAAAGCCUGCCUUUUUUUAGGCAACCUAUAGUAUACAGAGUGGAGAAUGUUACAAGAGCACAUCCAGUAAAGACAAUACAUCAACAUAAUAAAGCAGGAUAUUUCAGUAAAAAUAGAAUAAAUAAAAUAAAAAUAUUUUAAGCUGUAUUUAACAGGUUAAGUUAGAAUAUGGCAUCAGACAUACAAGGCAUAGUGAACAUGGCUGCCGGCCUACAGAAUCACUAGGUAUUAUAAAAAAUGCAUAGAUAACUGAAGGGUUGCUAUAACAUCAACUAGAACAGUUGCAGUUGCUCAAAAACACACACACACCUCAUACAUACUUUUUUUGGCCAUGGUCUGAAUAUAUUGUGAAACAAAAGAUAAUCGGCUUUGCAAUAUUAGGCUCUGAUUCUGCAAACACCUGGGUGUAUAUUAAAUAUUUUGGAAAAUUAGGAGCUCUACUGAAGCAAAAAGGCCACAUAUAGUCAAAUCAUCAAGCACACUACUUAAAUAUUUGCAAAAUCAACAGCAUUUUGUUAACAGACAUAACCUCUUAAAACAUACACUGGCGAGUGAUGUACAGCUUUUCAAACCCCUUUCUGUCUUCUCCUCAGCCCUGCCUGCAGUUGCAUCUAUUGCUAACCAGAUGUUCUAGCCUUGACAACACACAUGUAGAACCUUUACACUGCUGUUUGCUAAGUGUUGGUUUAGUUAAAGAGAGUCUGGAUCUCUCUUGGGGAGAAUCAGCAUGGUGCAGAUGCAAUGACAAAAUUUAAUUACACUGUUUAAAAUUAGUUGACUGCUGUACAACAGUUGCCAAUCCCAAAUCACAACGUUGUCAGCAGGGACUUUAAAAAGACACUGUCAAAGUAUUUAAUAUAAAAUAAAAUGUGAAUCACUAGCACAAUGACAAACAAGGAAACUUUUAUCUCCUAACUUCACAAUCCUACCUAAGGGUACCUGUUAGCCACCAUGGUUUGAGAGCAGUCAUCCCUGGAAAUAUUCAAGACCAGGUUGAAUGGACAACUUUGUAAGGUGAAAAGUGACCCCCAGUAGGGUUUGGAACUAGACAUCCUUUGAGGUCUCUUCCAAACCAAACAGUUCUGUGAUUCUGUGCUAGGAGGUGAGUUUUACACUGCUGCCAGCAGAGGUGACUGGGAUCAGCACUGGGAACUACAGAAGCUACAUGCAAGCUGCCAUCCCCAUGCUUUGUGAUCUGGCCCCGUGGUCAGUUCAGCCACGGGUACUGCUGAAGGGGGUGGGUUUGUUUGCACCCCUCCCCUCCAGCUCUCCCUGUGUACUCAGCAUAAGCAGCUUCUCCAGCUGUACAGGCAACAGAGGUGGUGCAGAGGAUGUGGCAAGAGCGUGAGCCUUGAGAGGGGAAACAGUUGCUUCAGUGCCUGAGGUGCAGAAUCGUGGUCAUGAACAGAUCUGAGAUCCGUAGAGGAUCAGCUCUUCAGAGGGUAUUGUAGAAAGCUAAAUUUAAUUACAAUAGUUGCAUAGCCAGCCUUCACCUGACACUUGCUCAUACAUCACACUGAGUUUGGUAAUGAUCUUCCUGCAUUUUUCAGUGCAGAAACUUCUUGAAUCAUCAUUAUUUUCUUGUUGUGUUCCUAAGUUAUGUCGCCAGGUGUGGUCAUUAAUUUCUUCAAACAAGGAAAUAAAAAA